GUCGCCGUCCGUGCUGCCGCCGUGCCAUCUCCGGGGAUCGAACGCGAAUAGCUCCAUCUGUGAGUCACGGCGCACAAGUGGGAUGCUUGCGGUUGAUUGUAUACUGAGAAAAUUCGUAAGAGAUGGUGCUGACGGGGAAAUAUUGAGGUCCUGCGGCUGAAUAGGUAUUGAUACUUUUGUCAAAUACACUUCAUAAUGGAGUCAGGAGUACUUCAAGAGAAAUCACCCCCUACGCGUGGCUUAAAGCAAGUGAAGGUGGAUAAUUGGGGCUCGUUCUUUCUCCAACGACUUCAGACUCUUUACUCGGAGGAACAGUUUCUUGAUCUUAAAAUUAAAUUUCCUACAAGUGAUAUUACUGUGCAGAAAUUUGUCCAGGCUCAUCGACUUGUAGUGACAACAUGUACAGACUAUUUUAUGCAACUCGAGGAACAGCAGAAGGAAAAAGAUGAAAACUUUAAUGGUGUAAUUAUUAUGCCUUCAGAUAUGCCUUACGAGUGUGUUAAGUCUAUUAUAAGCUUUAUGUACACUGGACAAUUGGAAUAUUGGACGUCGGAGCAACACGCUUUGUAUCGUACAGCGCAAAAGAUGAAUAUGACAGUCCUAACGAAGUUGCUCGACGCUCAAUUUAACACGAGUAAGGUGCAAGAGGAUAUGUUAAAAACACCCACACGUCCAAUGAUAGCCGUCUCGAAACCUUCAACUCCAGCUACAAAGGCGAUUGUCAGCUCCACUAGUUCGGCAUCGACUUUAUCUGGGCAGCCGUUGCCAGGUAGAAAGCUCCCGAUAUGGAAGAGAAAACUGGACGAAUCUCCACCGACGCCGAAUUACGAGGUACGAACAUUCCACGGCACAUCCUCGAUACACAAACAGGACACGACUCCCGGCCCAUCCAGAUUCGACCUUCCGGAAGCGGACGAUAUCGCUCUGGGAGUGUUUUCCUCAUUCGACGACAUCACAUAUAACACGAAGCCUAUUGUUCAAGCAUCCGACACGUAUAAGAAGGGAAGCUCCUCUCGUAAACGUUCGCCCGACCGAGACAGCAAGAAUGACACGACUGAGGAUGAGGAUGACGAAAAUCAGGAGAGCGAAAAGAACGCGAGAGACGCAAAUUCGGACGACGAUUGGUCUAUAUCGAAGAGCUACCAGAGAUCUCAGGAGGGCCCGUCUAAACGAGUACGUUUCGAUCUGGAGGAGAAGGAAAAUGUGGAGAAGCCUAAGACGAACGUUCGUCCGAGUACCGACGAUUCGAUCAACAAUCACGCGAAGAUCAUCAGGGAGGUGUUGAAGAAGUAUCCCCAUUUAGUGAAGAACAAUAAGAAUAUUCGCUUGAAGAUCAUGCAGAAGGAAGCGAAGUCCUCCGACAGCAAUACCGCGUGCAAGACAAAAGUGUCCUACGUGGUCUUGAAGUCCGAUCAUCUGUUGUCCAGCAAUAACGACGAAAACGACUCCAAGUGCAACGGCAGCAUCGACGGCGAGAUAGGCCCGUGGAAGUGCAACAAGUGCGAUCUGGACGAGGAGUACACGAAUUACUACAUGUACAGGAGACACAUGCAGGACGUGCACGAGGAGAAGUUCGAUCCGAGGGUCUGCGAGCACUGCGGCUACAAGGCGACCAAGCGCAACAUUCUGAUGUACCAUCUCUACACCAAGCACAACGUGCCGCCGCCGAAGAGCAUGUGCUUCCCGAAAUGCCAGGCCUGCUCGUACGUCGCCCUGUCGGAGACCCUGCUGGUGCGCCAUCAGAUAAAUCACAAUCAUCGGCCACCCACCCGGCAUCACUCUCUACCGUCGGAGGACAUUCAGUGCGGCCAGUGCAGUCAGUCGUUCAAGAACAUCACCGAGCUCACCACUCACGAGUUGAACAGCGGACACGCCGGGUGUGUGUCGGAUAAGGAGUCGAAGGGCCAUCGCUGUCCGUACUGCGGCAAGGUGUUCGUGCGCCUGACGAAUCUGCAAGUGCACCUGGACUGCGCGCACAAGGAUCUACAGAGAGACACCACCGAGUCCUCCCCGUCCGCGCCGAGUAUCCCGUUGGAGCCGUCGUCCGAGGCGGAGGCCCUCAGCCACGUCGCCAGCGGUAUUGCCGCUUCCCUCGGUGUCGGCGACACGGAGACCGCCCCGGAGACGCAGGAGGACGAGACCGUGGAGAUCACGAACGAGGGCCAGUACAUGCUGGACAGUAUGACGCACAACAUCAAUUACAGCGAGCACGAGCUGGAGAGUCAGCACAUGAUCAUGCUGGUCAACAACGACGAGAGCUAUCAGCACGCCGAGAGCAAUCAUCAUCAGCAGCCGCAGCAGUUGGACAUCGCCGACAACGAGCAGAUAGUGAUGCAGAGCACGGACGACGGUAUGAUCGUGUACAUCCACGGCGCCGAGGAGGCCGAUCAUCGGUCCUACGAGAAUUAUCAGUCCGCCGAGGCCGCGCAGGAGACGGAGGAGGAAAUAGUGGAGGAGGUCGUCGAGGAGGUCGAGGAGGAGGUUUUGGAGGAGGAGGAAGAGGAGGAGGAGGAGGUGGUGCAGGAGGUGUCCCAGGAGAUGCUGGAGGAUUCCUCCGACAGCCGUGUGGAGGUGAUACAGUACGUCGAGGAGCAGACGGAGAUAGUCGAGUACGACGAGGAGCAGUGCAGCGAGCAGAGCAACAGUGUGGACGAGCAGCAGGAGUCCGUCAUGAUCAUCGAGGAGGAGCACGUCGAGGGCGAGGAGGACGCGGAGGAGACCACUGACAAGCAGCAUAAAAAGAUGCAAAGUUCAUUCACCACCGAAUGGGACGAAGAUAGCGCGGGGCUGACGGAAUCAUGAAUACUGUAAUACUGGAGUUUCUUUUAUUUUCUAUUUGCUUGUGUAAUAACGUUCAACUUAACUUUCCACCACUGGCUAAUAACGAUUAUUUAAUUUUAAAAGCAACACCUCUCCUUAAUGGGGAAGUUUUGAUUUUACAUUUUACUUUUUAUCUGUGUAAUGUCUCUGUUGAUAGUGGACGGGGUGACACGCGAACGAGCGCAGUGCAGCCUGCGCGACUUUGCCACACGAUAAUAUUUUAGCAGUAAGCCCACACAAAAAAUUAAUCAAAUUAUUAUAUUCAAACGAGAGCAGGAAGGAGUGGUAUUACUGACAUAACAUCGUAUUGAGCUUGUACAUGUGAAUUCUACCGUUGCACCCGACACACUGAUAAUUUUGUUGAAACGAGUUUUAGCAGUUAAGUGUAAGCUAAAAUAUAUAUAUAUAUUUUACAUUGCAAAAACAUGAAAUCUCAAUUGUAGAUUGAGAUCAUUUACAGCGGUAGCACUUUUAAGAGAUCGGGACGAGAAUCUGUAAUCUUUAAAAGAAAACCUGUUUUCUUUUUUCCAAAUACAAAUAAGUUUAUACAUAUGCAUGUGUGUAGCUUAUGAAUAAAAUCUAAAUUAAAAUUUAUAGGGAUUUAUUUCGUUACUUUUAGGACACUAUUUCGAGAAUACACACAUUAUAGAUCACACGCCAAAAGUAAAUUGAUGACCAAUCAUGUAGUUUUUUUAAAAUGCCAUUUUCGCAAAAUGAAAAAAAUGCGUCACAUUUGAAAAGUAUUCUUGCGAACGAAUGUGAACCUUCUAAAUAUCGCCUGUGCAAUCAAUUUAAGGUAAAUGUACCAAUGACCGAAUGUACAUAUCUAUAUCGGAACACGUGCACAAAAUUUAUUAAUCUCAAACGCUUUUUUAAUAUUUAUAAUUAAAAUUUAAUUGUAAAAAUAUUUAGAGAUUUCAAUUAAAUGAUAAUAUUAUGAAAAAAAGCAUUUAAAAAUAAGUGUUUACGUUCCGAUAUAGAUACAUGAUGUUCAGUCACUUGGUACAUUUAUCUUAUCGCAAUUCGAUAAUAAACAAUGGUUUCAUGAUAGGAGGCGAACGCUACGAUAAUAAAAAAAUCUCAGAUUAACGCAUUAUGUUUUACACUUUCGACUGUACACAGUUAUAUGGAAAAAUAUAAAUAAAUGCAAUAUAUAUAUA